AUGGGGGGCGUUCAGGGCAGUGGAACAGUAAGCGAACGUGAGAGACAUAAAGAUGGAGGACAAGUGAGAGCGAGAAAAGUGCGCCUCGCGAACGCCGCCGGUCUCCUCCACCCCCUCGACAACGCGCGAUGGGGCAGACGAACGCGAAAGAACGAUGGAGGCGAACGGAGCGGACGUCGGCACGACGAUGGCGAACGCGACGAUGACGACGUGCUGAGCCGCCUGAUGGCGGCCGCCGCGGCGACGACGGAGGCAGGACGACGGGCGGAGACGACGGGCGCGGGUGGCUGGCCGGCCGGCUGGCUGGCUGACUGGCUGACUGGCUGGCUGCGAGGACGUGCGGACGGCGUUCUUUGGAUGCACUCUCUCUGUUACGGCCCGGCACUGCCCCGUUCGAACCCCAGCUGCACUUGUGCAUGA